AUGGAGGCGCAACUGGACAAAGGCUCUGUGCAGCCCCUGGAGACCAUUCCAUCUGCAGACACCGCUGCAACACAGAUUCUCCCCCAGAUCAACCCCAAAUGGACCCCGUUGGAUGACUUUUGCGCCAAGCUAUUCGGUCCGUGGGAUGAUCUUCCACGCUACGCCCGGAUGAACGAGCCUCGACUUUUGCGUGAGCUAGAUGAUGCCAUUGUUCUAUUCGAGCGGCAAAUCAACCACAGCGAUGCCGGUUUCCGCGUCUGGCGAGAGCGGCACAAGAAGGCUAUGGAGGCUGGCUUGGCCGAGAAACACAAGUAUCCGUGCCUUCAGACGAGGGAAAAGGACGGCACGCACACAUGGCAUGACGAAGUGUGGGAGCAGCGGUACAACUAUCUCAUCCAACAACGCCAGCAGAUUAUCAUGGACCGGCUGUUCCGAGUAAAGACGCUGCCGCGAUAUGCGCGAGAAGGCUUUUUUGGUACGAUGCCGGCACCCCACCGAGCGCUGCUGCACAAGCGCAACAACGGACGCGGCACUCGACCUUUCAAGCUGCGAUGCGACUGGUGGUGGCCCGUGGAGGAUCUCUUGGAGAGAGCAGCCAGCAGAUGGGCCCUGGAUGAGACAGCACUCAAGGCUACUUUCUGGGAGACUCUACCGGCACCCAGUGUCAAGACCAAGGCAUCACGAGAGUGGGGAGACAUGAUCAAGCAGGAGGAGGAUCCAGCUGAGCGAAGCACACGAACAGAGAAGUUGGAGUCGCUUGAGGAUAAGGAGGCGGUUGGACUGGUUGCGAAGCUGGUGUCCGGGGCUCUGUGCUCUGCCCUCGGUUGA